AUGACGAUUACAAGGACGAAGGAUGGAGUUCCAGGAUGGAACGGAGAUCCAGCAUCUUGGCUGGAAUUUCGCCAGUUCGUGGCAUCUACCAAGUUUGAGGCCCGCUACACGUGCGGACCAAAGAUCGCGGCAGAGCUCACCGGUGCUGCGCGCACCGCCAUCAUGGGCAAGAAAAGUAGUUGGCUGAGCGAAGAACAGGGGACAGAGACAUUGUUGCAGCACCUUCAAAAGACCAUCGGGGAGCCAGCACUGCCAGAGGCCCAAGAAGCAGAAGAGGACGAACAGGUCAGCAUCCUACCAGACGCAGUCUUGGGAUGGAUGUUGUUGGAAAAGUCCGGCCUCGACACCAUGGAGAAGAGCAUCAUCCAGGGAGAGGUGAAGGGCAACUUCACUUUAGCAGGCAUUGAGAAUGCAUUGAGAGCUCACUGGGCCGACGACGCCAUCAAGAAGAGAGAUGGAGAGGGACGACAUUCCUCCCUAUUUCAAGGAGAAGAGGAUGAUGAAGAGUAUGAAAUGCCAUUGGACGAGGCAGACGCCUUCUAUGAGGGAUGGACUGAACGAGAAAAAGCUUGGUAUCAAGAAGCCAAGGAAGAUGAGCAGCAUGCUUGGCUGCAGAUGCAAGAGCAAAACGCACCUUGA